UUAUUUCGUUGAGUUUCUGUGUUGUUGUGGGUGUGUACAACAGAAGCUGCGAAAUACGUAUCAGCAGGAGCGAACAGGUUGGUAACGGAUGGAAGUAUUGAGUGAACGUCUUUGCAUGUUUACGUGUCACGUCAAUGGCAAGGGGGUUAGUUUUUUGGGUUAGUGUGUAAGAAGUUGCUGGAUUGAACACUGCGGCGAAGGGUGAGUCAGAUGCUAGCGAACAGCUGAUAAAAUGUUCAAGAAACUGAAGGAUAAAAUUGCUGAGGAGAUUUCGCCCCAGAGGAUACAGCAGCUCACGCAAUCAGUAACUGAUAAGCUGCAGCAGAACAACAUCAGCCUCACAAAUAAUAGUAAUCAGGUGAAAGAAGAUAGCUUCUUUUCACUCACUGAAGAAGAUGCGAGUCCACCAAAGACGGCCAACAACUCGGGAUUUACUGAUGUGCUGCUCAAUGCAGCCUCUACACCUCAAAAUGAGAACCGUACAAGAAGGAAUUCUAAUAGUUCGAUAGCAUCCGAUGUGUCCUUCUUGCCGCGGUACGAGUCUUCUUUCAACUACCAUCUGCAAUCAGAUUUGGACGUUUCGGCCAGCGAAAUCGAGGACAAUGUUUCGCAGCAGUCAUCGCAACUUGGGCAUGUUAGCAAAGAACAGGUGUAUUCGGCUUUUACGAAGGCGCAAAUGCGCUACCACAAGUAUCGCGGAAGAUACACGGAUUUGGCUAACCAUUACAAGGAGCUGGAACGCGAAAACGCAAAGAUGAAAGCUGUUCUUGUCGAAACCCAGGAUAAAGCAAUCAGGCGAGUUUCGGAGCUGAGGGAACAAUGUUCAUUGAGUCAGAAGGCGAAAGCUGAUCUGGAGCAUGCGAUGCGCACGGAACUCGAGGAGAAGCUCAUCGUGAUCGGUACGCUGAAGGAUAAAAUAGGUCUGCUUCAAAACAAUUCAGAGUCCGACGAAAAGCUGCAAGAAAUCAAAGCGCAAGCCAUCGUCGAAGCUGAGUAUAAGGAUCGUCUGACUGUCAUGGAGAAGGCUUUGCAAGAGGUGGAGGAGCGCGAGAAGAUUAACAAUCUGAAGUUUGCCAAGUCGAAGAUGGAACUGCACACGGAAAUACAGAAUCGCGAAUUGGAGAUAACCAAUUUGAAAAGUGACCUAGAUACUGUGCGUCACGAACUGGAAGGUUAUGAGAAUCGGAACGAUGGUAACCUCCGAGCGCAGAAUAGCAAAUUGAUAGAAACGUGCGAGAAUUUGGACGCCAAGUGCAAGAAUUUGGAGGCGGAGAAUUUAAAACUGGAGCAAUACAAGUUGGAGAUAUCCGAUCUUAGAGAUGAGCGAAGCAAAAGUGCUUCAAUUUUGAGAGAGAUGGAAGCGAAGGUUUCGGAGAUUCCGAUUCUUGAGGAUAAAAUAAGGGAAUUCGAGAAUAACUUUAAGGAAUUGGAUAAAGCUAACGGAAAAUUACGAGACACCUUGGAAAACAGUGAGAAAGUGGUAGAGGAGUUAAAAGAGAAGUUGUUGAUCGCUGAUAACGAAUGUGCUAAUUUCAAAGUAGAAUCUGCGAGGAUCCAAGAGGAAACUAAAACCAGUUUGUUGCAUCUGGAAGAGAAGAUACGAACGAAACUUGAGACCGAAUUCAAAGAGCAGAAGACUAAGAUUCAGGAAGAUUUUCAAACCAGGCUGCAAGCGAUUGAAAUCAAUGACCAAGACUCGAAGCAGGUGCAAAUUAAAUUAAUGGAAUCUGAACAAAAUGUAAAGGAACUACAAGUUAUGUUCGAUACUUUAAAAGCCGAUCUAGAGAAACGCCAAUCAGCCUACACCACUUUAGAAACCAAUCACUUAGAGUUGAUCGACGAAAAUAACAAACGCGUCGUAGAUAUUAACAACAUGAAGAAAUCGCAGAAGAACGAAAUCGAUGUUUUGCAAAAAUCACUGAAGGAGAAAGAGGAGCAAAUAAAUAAAUUGACGAAAGAUAUUGAAGACUCUAGAGCAAAGUUGAGUAUAAAAGAGGUCGACAUAAGCAAAGUAAACAACGACUUGCAACAAACUAAAAAGGCUAACGAUAAUUUAAGAGAAGAGUUUAACGCUUUGAACAAUGAGAAAGUUCAGUUACAAGAAGAUAUUAAGAUUCACGUAGAUCAAUUACGAAACAUGAACGAUUUGGAGGAAAAACUGAAGACAUUAAGCAAAGAAAAUGUUGGACUCAAGGAAAGUUCUAAGUUUAAGAACCAAUGUGAAUUACUUGAGAAAGACAUAAAGAAGUUGGAAACUAAUUUGAAGGAGAAAUCUGUAGAAUUUGAAAACUUACUUGAACAAAAUGAAACACUAAAAGUAGCGCACGAUGAAAGCUUAGGUACCUUGAAACGCGCGGAAGAUGAGUUGAAAAAAGCAACGUUGGAAAAUAAAACACUUAAAGAAAAUCUGUUGAAAAUUGAUUCUGAUUUGCUGGAAAGAAAAACUGCCUUGGAAGAGCAGACGAAAAAUUAUGAUCUUAAAGUGAACGAAUUAAAUGUUGAAUUAAAUCAGGUUAAACAAGAAAGGGAUGAACUUCAGUUUGAGGUGAAGGCCAGUGCUAUAAAUGUUGAAGAGUUAAGUGGUAGUUUAGAAAAAUUGAAGGAUGAAUAUUCACAGCUUCAGGUGAAUCUGCAAAAUGGGGAUUCCGAAUUGCGAGAUAAAUGUAAAACGCUCGAAGAUAGUAAUAAGAGGUUAACGGAUAAUAUGGAAAGUUCCGAACGUGUAAUUGUAGGUUUGAAACAAGAUUUGGAGAAGAGUAAAAGAGAAUUGAACGAUCAAAGCAUUGAAUUGAAAGAGCUCUUAAAGAUUGUCACUGAAGAAAAUGAACUGUUGAAACAAAAAUCCGUUGAGCUGGAAAGUACUCUUAUAGAUUUGAAAAAGGAAAAUGAAGAGAUGUCUGAUUCCAGUCAAAAUGCGAAGGACCAGGAAGAGCAUUUAUUGUAUUUGCAGAAACAGUUAGAAGAGCAUAAUGCUUUGGUACAAAAAUAUGUUGAUUCUGAAAGUAAAUUGCAAGAUGAAUAUGAGAAAUUAUCGCAGGAAAAUGAUAAAAUGAAAGGUGAAAUUCAAGUGUUGGAGAAGUUGUCUAUUAAAGUGGAAGAGCUAUCGCAAGAGAGUGAAGUUAAGACUUCGGUAAUAUCGGAGAAGGAUAAGCGAUUACUUGAGUUGACCGGUGAGGUGGAACUUACCAAAGAGGAGUUAAGCAGAUUAGAGGAAGAACUAAAUAAUGUGCACGAAUUACUUAAAAACUCGAAUGUUGAAAAGCAGCAGCUCUUUGAGCAAGUUUCCCGCUUAAAGACUGUUGAAAUGCAGUUCAACGAUGUAACUAGUAAUAAUCAAAGUAUAGAGCGGAAAAUGAAGUGUUUCGAAGAUGAAAUUGGUGAGCUGAAGCUUCGCAAUUCGCAGAUCACUUCGGAUAAUCAGCAUUUACUGGAGGAGAAUGAGAAGCUGAUAACCGAGUGCACAGAUGUUAAGAUACGGUACGAAAGCUUUGGCGCGUUGAAGAACGAGCUCGAAGUAAAGUUGAAUGCUUCGAAGGAGAAGACCGAAAGAUUGGAGGCUGAGCUGAAGACGAUCAAAGAAGAAUCGGAAGUUCUAAAGAAAGCCAAAAAGGAGUUGGAAAGCAGCCAAAUCAAUCCGAACGAGACUGAUGAGCUGCGAAACAAGCUGCUGAAUCUUAACGUCAAAUUCGAGCAGACGCUGGAGGAGAACGCCCUCAUAAAGAACGAGUUUAACGAUAUCCGCAAAGAGUUGGAGACAGCGGCCAGAGAGAAGAAGAUGCUUCAGACCCAGGUGAACGAUCUGGAGCACCACUGCAGCGAGCUGAGCCACGAACGGCAGCUGCUCAAGGACGAAAUCGAGGAGCUCAAGAUAACACCGAUCAAUUUCAAUCAGACGGAGGUGGACGGUCUGCGCGACAAACUCGCACAGUACAAGUCCAUCGAUGCGACGAAUCGGAAUUCCAUCGAGUUCUACGAGAACGAGCUGCAGAAGAUGCGGAACAAGAACGAGAAGCUGAACAGGAAGCUGGACGAGACGUUGGUCAUGCUGAAUCACUGCACCGAUCUAUCAGCCUCCACGGAAAUAGAAUAUCUGAAGAACGUGCUGUACAAUUACAUGCUCGGCAAGGAGAGUUUAGUUAUGGCCAGGGUUCUGGCAGCCGUCUGCAAAUUCGAUACUCAACAAACGGAUGCUGUCCUCAAACACGAGCAACACAAACAAUCGCUGUUGGGGCAACUGGGAAUUCUUUAACAGUAAUCGUUGAGGGACUCUCCUCCAUUUCGUCGUCGUUACAAGAUAUCACCCUUUAUUUUAACACAUUACUAAUUUUUACUAUUUAUAAAGAAAAACAAAACAGAAG